UUGCAGCUUUCACUACAAAAUGCCUAUCCUCAAACAGUCCAGCUCUCACGCAAAGAAACGAACCCGCAUAGAUCGAGAGAUGAUCAGUGCCCCUUUAGGGGAUUUUAGACACACAAUGCACGUUGGUAGAGGUGGGGAUGUGUUCGGAGAUACAUCUUUUCUCAGUAACCAUGGCCCUGCCUCUGCUCCACCAGUGGAAGUACCAACCUCUAAGAAAAAUGGCCAUCUAAAACUGACUGGAGAUCAUGAAGAAAAUAAAACAUCUGACUCACUAAGUCACCUUUCUCAGUCCUCAGGAAUAGGCUCUGGUGCAGGAAGCAUUUCUUCCAGCCCUGUUAAUCAUGCACCAUCUAAAGAAGACAGCCUAUGGAAUAGCAGCAAUUCUGGUUGUCACUCAGAUCAAGUAGAUUGGCUACCACUGGAUUGUGGGCUUAAACAUGCCGAAUCGAUUUUGUCUUUCCAUUUUGAUCUUGGCCCAUCUUUUUUGGAUGAUGUUUUGGGUGUAAUGGACAGAGAUGCUCCCUCUGACUGGAAUAGUCCAGAUGACCAAUGUGAUUACAAAUUUUCUGCAGAAAGCAGUAAGCUUACACAGCUGUCUUCCAUCACGGAGUCCCCAGGAAGCCAUUACAGUCUCUCUACCACACUUCCUGUAACCAACCCUACCUUGGAGUACAGUUCAAAUGUCCUCUAUGACAACUUGGAAGGAAACCAAUCAGCUUAUGAAGGGGAUAGUGAAGAAGAAAAACGAUCUAUCUAUGAAGGGGUUGCUGACACUCCAGCACAAAAUGAAAACCAUUUUCACACUAUUCACUAUGAAGAGCUUGAUGAAGAGGAGGAAGUUGGCCAAGGAUAUACAUUUGAAGAAGACCUUGAUGAUGAGAUUGGUGUAUAGGAAUACAAACUAUAAAAUACAUAAACUUUAUGGACUUGCUCACAUGUUUCUAUGGUAAACAUGGUGGGGCACAGAGAAACGGCUUCAUAUGGUAUAAAUGUUAUACAUUGGACUGUAUACAGAAAAUAACUUUUUUUUUUUCUGUCUAUUCAAAAAGAAUAUACUUUAUACAGAGCCAAUUUCCACUUUAU